CAGCUUACGUUCGUUGCUAGGCAGUAAUGACGCAACAGUGGAAUAACGGUGGGAAGCCGUGUUUUCUACGAUGUCCGUCCAGCGAUGUUCUAAGGACACAGUGAGGAUUCCGUCAGUUGGUUGGUGAGUGAGAGUUAGUGAGAUAACCGUCGGGAUUCACCCGCUGUAAGGUGCUACUGUGUGAAGCUGAUAGCUGACGCCAAGGAUAACGCUGAAAGCAGUUUGCGAGAAAGAGAAGACCUAGAGCGUUCUACAGGAAUUUGUGUAGUGUGAAGAACGAAAUUAGAAGACAUGCCCCAGAUAUAUUACCCACUUGCGAAUUACACUCCUACACUUGAACCCAUUAUGGAAGAGGAAGAAAAUGACGCCGAAGCAAACAAUGUCAUGGCUGUGAUUACCUCCACCUGCACGUCAGAUAGAUUUGGGUUGUCAACAUCAGAGCUGGAACAUGAGAGAACACCUCAAAAUACGCAUAAGAAAAAUAGGUCAGAUGAUGCAGUUCUACCUCAUAUUAAAUGGGAAUGUGGUGCUGAAGAUUUGGAACAUAGUACUAAGAAAUCUGAUUUCCUGAAAUGUAUCUCAUGGUAUCAGGCAGAAUAUGAUGAGUUGCAGGAAUUCACACGUAAUGAAAAGGAAGCGUAUGAGGAAUUCUUCAGUGAUCAGAUUUUGGAAGCAAAUAAAAAAAUUUAUGAACUUGAGGAUAAAAAUGAGCGUCUUGAAGCUAAACUAAACGAGUCAGAGGACAGAUGCAAGGAUAUUAUGAGCACAUUAAUGUUACUGGAUAAAUCAGGGACAUGUGAUGGUGAGUCAAAGAAGACUGAACUUCUAGAAAAGGAAUUGAAGCUGUUAAGGAUUAAAUUACUGGAAUCUGAAACAAGAAGGGAUGAUUCUGAAAUGAGAUGGGAAUUGACUGAGAGUAAUUUGAGAAAUCGAUGUGAUGAGUUAAAGCAAUGUUUGGAAGAAGCAAGGGCUGCAUGUUCCAAUACCGAGGAAGCGAAUGUAUGUCAUCAUUGUAAUGGGCAAGCUGAUAAUGAGAUCAGAUGUGAAGAAAAAAAUGAAGAUGGAUUCCCAGCUGAGGUUACAAAGCUAAAGCAAGAAAAUAUAAAACUGACUGAAGAUCUGAAUAAGACAAUUGUAAAAUUAAGAGAAACAGUUGAUGAACAAUCACUGUUACUAGAGCAUAUAUGCAAAAUGGAAAAUGAAAAAUUAAAACUCUCAGAAAGCUUGGAAACAACUUUUGAAGUAGUUCGCAAUCUUAAUUCUGAAAUUUCAAAGCUAAAGAAAGAAAAUUAUGAGAUGCACAAUAAAUAUGCAAUUAUUUCAAGAAGUUUGGAAGGAAAAUAUGAGGAAUCAGGAAAGCAAAUUUCUGAGAAUCCCAGACUGGAGAAAGAAAACAUUGCUUUGGGUGAUGAAAUUGCUAAUGUUCCAAAAAUGUUAGAGGAUACUAUUAUGGAAAUUACAGAGCUCCGUUUAAAAUAUUUAAGAUUGGAAGAAGAAAUAUGUUCUGUGAAGAAUGACAACCUGAAUCUUUCUAAUGUGUUGGAAGAAAAUAUUCUAAAAAUAAAACAUGACAUGAAAUCUGAAGUACUUUCAGAACUGAACAACAACAUCAUGAAAGAAAAUGCAAACAUCUUUACAGUAACUGGUGAAAAGCAUGAACUGGGAAAACGUAAGUUGGAAACUGAGAUGCUCUAUUCACAUGGGAUGCCAACUUCUGAAAGAGACCAGCAGGGAGAGAAACUACAAUCUGCACGCAAUGCUUCAUACAUGAAAAUUGCUCUGCAAGAAAAUCGCGAGCUAAAAUGUUUAAAAAGGAAGGUUGCUUGGCAGAGAAGAAUAUUAAACACAACUCGGGAAAGAGAGCUGAAAAUGAAGACUGAACUAGAACUAUGUAAGAACAGAAUUGUUCAGUUGGAAUCACAAACACAGAAUGAGAAUCACAUGCGUUAUAUAGCCUACUUGGAAUCAAUUGUUACUUCUUUGAAAAAUGAGAAUGUAAUUCUUCGAAUUCAUCUGGGUCGUGUCCAGAGGCAAAUGAAGAUUAUAGUUUCUAAAGCUAUGGUAAGAAACAGGCACAGCCAGUUGAGGCAUAAGCACGUGGCUGUCCAAACCUCCAUCAGCUUAAGUGAUUUUUGUCCUAUAACCAUGACAGUGCAGAAGGAUGGGAAAGAGUAGCACAUGAAUACGAUCUUCAGCAAAAAAUGUGUAUAUUAAUAAUACGAACGAAUAAUGUAUAUGUGUGUGUCCUUGUAACUAUGUUGUUUUUUACUUUUAUAAUUAUUUUUGUAACAAAAUAUACUGUAAAUUAAAUUUUUGUAAAACAUUGCUGGCCUUUGUCCUUGCAUGCAGUACUGUACUGGCACUUCAUUAGUAUGAUGUUACAUGGUACAAGAUAUUAAUAAAGUUAUAUUUUGGAGAUUUGGAGCUGGAGCUUCAAGAAUUUAACUGCUCUUGCUUUCAGUGGCUGUCCUCACUGAGGUCUUGCAAGGAAAUGCUGACCCAGAAAAUGUUCAGUAUAAUGAAAUGUUUACAUAUUGGCCUUCUGGGUUAUGGGGCU